CUACCCCUCCCUGGGACCUGCCCUGUCUGCAACCGGCACACUUUUUCCAAUCGUUUUCCAGCUUUGUAGUUUAUAAAGAUAUGGAGAAGUACAGAAGGACCAGUGUUGGGCAGGACCCGGUUGCAGCGCCGCUGGCUCCCAACGAGAUUCGGAUAUCACAAGGUGGGAAGAUCAACAAGCUGGUCGAGAACAUCAUCAAGUUGCACAAGGAAGGCAAACACACCACAAUCAUAAUAACCGGCAAAGGCAACGCGGUCAACAAAGCCGUCACAGUCGCCGAAAUCGCCAAACGGAAACUGGGCGGGGAUAAGUCCGUCUCGCAGCAUACCGAUAUAUACAACGAGGAGGUUACGGAUGUUUGGGAUCCGAUCGAGGGCGAUUUGGAUAGGCUGCUUGUUAUUCGACAUACGCCGUGCAUAAAGAUGACGUUUACUAUGGUUAAUGCCAUGAGCUAGAGGGCAUAGCGGUGAAUUAACCGGCAUGGAAAUGUUCAACCCGCGCCAUAUCCCGACUUGAAGGGUUGGCGACGCCCCCGAGGACCGGUGGAUCCGGCAUGCAAGUCUACGCACUGGAAAGCACGUGCAGCCGAGACUGGUAGUGGAUAGCAUGUGCUCGCCAGCAAGAGCAGGACUGUGCAGUUUUGGGGUUUCGAAGGCUGCAACGUACCGUCAACCAGAUGCCGAUAUUGUCCGACAACAG